UUGGAGGUCCGCCAUAUGCUGCAGUGGAGGAGCAGGGAGUAGUGAUCAUGCCCAGUGGAGUGGGAAAUACGGAGGCAACACCGGCAAGGGCCGCCCAGGACGGAGGCAAGAAGAAAAGACCGGCGGAAUAGGCGAAGAAGUGAGGUCGGUUGGUGGCCGGCUGCAGAAAAGAAAACAAAUUGUUUUUUGUUUUUUUUUUUUUUUUUUUUUUUUUUUGGUUGAUGUAAAAUGGUGAUCGGGGUGAGCCCCUGAUAUGAAUAAAAUAUGAGUGUUGGGCAAAUGAGGAAAUUGUUUGUUUGAUUGUAUGUUUGAUUGGACGUGUGCCCCUCUUUACAAAACAAAAACAAUAAAAUAAAAGAAAAUAAUAAAAAAAAGAGAUAUAUAUAUAUAUAUAUAGAUGGGGUAGGGGAAAAGAUGGGUUUUAAAAAAUAGUGGGUAUGGGAAAGAUGUGGUGGAAGUGAUGAUUAUGUUUGUUUGUUUUUUGUUUUUUUUUUGUUUUUUUUUAAAAUUUGGUUCUGUCAGUGAGCACAUGGAGUUAGAAGAAUGGGUGGAUAAUAAAAAAGAAAAAGAAAGGGAGCAUGGUGGGUAUGUGAAGGAGAUAAAAAAAUAAAAGUGGGAAAUCACGUGGGUAGGAGAGAGGUGUGUGUUAGCUGGAAUUGUAAGACCACUUUGAUUAAAAAAACAAAAACAAAUAAUAACUUGUAAGUAGAGUUUAUCAAUGCUGAGGGAUUGAUUAAAAAAAAAAAAGCAAAGUGGUCUAACAACUUGAAAGAGAGAGAGAGAGGAGAGUGUAUGUGACAUUCCACCUAGGGGUCUUUCAUGGCAUCUACCUUUAUCGGGAAUUCAACCUCCAUUCAGGAAAUGUUCAGGAGAGUGAGUGAGCAGUUCACUGCUAUGUUCAGGAGGAAGGCUUUCUUGCAUUGGUAUACAGGGAAAGGAAUGGAUGAAAUGGAGUUCACGGAGGCUGAGAGCAACAUGAAUGAUCUUGUGUCUGAGUACCAGCAGUACCAGGAUGCUACUGUUGAUGAGGAGGGUGAAUAUGAGGAUGAGGAGGAAAGAGGAAGACACUGUUGCAGUGCUUUAUACCCCUGUUCCUGGGGCAACUCCAGUUCCAUUCUUUUUCUCAGAUAGAGAAACAGAUAAAUUGAAGAGGUAUG